AUGGAACGGAAGGAAUGGUCGCUCCCGUACCCCUCCUCAGGCCGUCGCCCGCCACCACGCCCUGGCCGCCCGCCACCACCCCCUGGCCGCCGCCCGCCGCUUCCCCACGGCCGGCGCCGGCCGUCCCUAGACGCCCCCGCCGCCCCUGGACACGGCUCGCCGCCCGCCGUCCCCGGACGCCGGCCGCAACCGUACACCGCAGCCACCGGCGCCGUCGCCUCGGGCUACCACGCUGCUCGGCUGGACGCGCCUCAGCUCCGGACCGUCGGACGGACGUGCCUCGGCAGGCCCCGCGUCGUCCCUUCCUCCUCCCGCGCCGGACGAGAGGCGGCAAGCCCCGCCGCCGACGAGCCACCGCCCCACGGCCCUGCUCCCGCAACCGCCGGCGCCCCAUGGCCCUCCGACCACCACCGCUGGCGCCCCACGGCCCACCAUCGCCGGCGAUCUGGUCCCAGCACGGCUGAGGGCCUGAUUGCUUUUUAG